UCGAUAGUCGGUACCAUCGUUUGUGUUAUCAUUUUGAUUGCCAGGAUUGCUGAUGUCGUAUGCAACCAUAAUCUCAUCAACCAAACCAGGCACAGAAUACGGGACACCAUAGAGGAAACGAGCUUAUCGCUCAGAGACAUCCUUCCUAUCAAGCCCAAACACUAUGACAAAAAUCGUGCGCCGAAAUUCCAAGGGCAGGCAACAAUCGUUUAUUUCCAUGUUACUGUCCUGUCUCUGGACUCCAUCAACGAGGAAUCAAUGACUUACGUCACAGACAUAUUCCUCGCUCAGAGUUGGCGAGAUCCGAGGUUAAGACUUCCCGAAAAUAUGAGCGAAGAAUACCGCAUUUUGGACGUGGAAUGGCUGCACAGCAUUUGGAGGCCGGAUUGUUUUUUCAAGAACGCCAAAAGUGUCACUUUUCACGAGAUGACCAUUCCGAAUCACUAUCUCUGGUUGUACCACGACAAAACCCUCCUCUACAUGUCCAAGUUAACCUUGGUGCUCUCCUGCGCAAUGAAAUUCGAAACGUAUCCCCACGAUACUCAAAUUUGCUCAAUGAUGAUUGAAAGUCUUUCGCACACAGAUCAUGACUUGGUAUUUAUAUGGAAUAUGACGGAUCCUUUAGUCGUCAAUCCUGAAAUCGAACUGCCCCAAUUAGAUAUUUCCAAUAAUUAUACAACCGAUUGUACCAUUGAAUAUUCCACAGGCAACUUCACGUGCUUGGCGAUAGUUUUCAACUUGAGAAGACGAUUGGGAUAUCACUUGUUCCACACCUACAUACCAUCAGCUCUGAUAGUCGUCAUGUCUUGGAUCUCCUUCUGGAUCAAACCGGAAGCUAUACCUGCUCGUGUUACACUAGGAGUUACUUCUUUGUUGACCCUAGCUACACAGAACACCCAAUCUCAGCAAUCCCUACCGCCUGUUUCGUACGUGAAAGCCAUCGACGUGUGGAUGUCGAGCUGUUCAGUAUUCGUCUUUAUGUCCCUGAUGGAAUUCGCCGUGGUCAAUAACUACAUGGGCCCCGUAGCCACCAAGGCGAUGAAAGGAUACUCAGAUGAGGAGCUCGAUUCUGACGUCAUCGAAUACAAAUCUAAUUUUCAGGGAAUGGAACGGCCUAGAUACAGCACCGCUAGCCAACCGCAAUAUGACACUUUUUGCGAUGGGAGGAGCAUAGCUCUGUGCAUCGAUCAAUUCUCAAGAUUCUUUUUUCCGUUCUCCUUCUUGAUUCUCAAUGUUGUGUAUUGGUCAACGUUUCUUUAAUAUACAUUUUAAAAAUAUAUAGGUAGUGUUUGUUUUGUGUGGAAUUU